AUUCAACAACAUCUCUAUCAUCACACGGUAGUAAUUCAUCACUUUCGUCCUUAGUUUUGUCUAUACCUCGAUUUUCAAUAAAUUCAAGCAAUGAUUUAGUAACAAAUGAUAAUCAAUCAUUAACAAGUAUAAAUCAAAAACGACAUUCAAUAGAACAUGCAUCAUCAUGUAAAAUAUGUCAUAAACCUAAUUUAACAAAUCCAUAUAAUACAUGUUCUCAAUUACGUGAUAGUCAAAUAGUAACACGAUCGGAAUCAUUACCAACUAAUCCAACUCAUGAAAAUACCGAUGAUCAACGAGAAAGAUCACAAUCAUUUAAUGUUGAAGAUACACAGAAAGAAUAUAAAAAAUUAGCAGCUAUGAAAAAAAAUAAAAAACAAUUAAAACGUCAAUGUAUUAUGCGUUUAGCUAAUUUAUAUCAACGAUCUGAACAUUCUACAGAAUCACUUCCAUAUGGAUCUUGUUCAUCUACACUACCAGGUGUAUCUCAAGUUCCUACUCAAUCAAAACAUUCUAUAGAAACGAAAUCACGUUCACCACCACCUCCUGUUCCAUCUCAAGUUGUACAUCUUACACCAGAACGUAUUAAUUAUUAUAAACAACGACAAAUUGAAUUAGAUCGUAGUGUUAAAAAGCUACUCGGAAGUUUUACAAUGAAAACAAAUGAAAAUAUAAAUCAAAUAAAAAAAUAUUGGUCUUAUUUAAAAAAAAUAUCUUUAGAUAAAAUUCAACCAAAAGCAACAGAAAAUUUUUCAUUAUUUCAUUAUUUGUCAAAUUUAUCUCAUACAGAUAAACAAUUUGAAUCUUAUCUUGAAGAACAUGAUGAAAUUCAAGCUGCAUUACAUAUUCUAAUAAGAAUAUUAACUAUUGUUAAUGAAAAAUAUUCAUUUUCAACAAUUAAUCAUCUAUUUGAUUAUGUCGGAAAAUUGAUGUUAAAAAAAUUAACGACACAAUUGGAACAUUUAAUUUCACAUUAUAAUGAUGAAAUAUUAUUUAUUCAUGAACGUAUUCAUUUUUAUCAAACUCCUAUAGAUGGGAAAAAAAAUUUCGAUUGGGUACAAUGUAUUAAAGUUGAUUAUCCAAUGUUAAUAGAAAAUAUUGCAGAUGAUUUUAUUUUAAAAGUUCCUAAAACUGAUCAAAUUCUUCUUGAUAUGCUUAAAACUAUGAAAAAACAUUUGCUUUAUUUUAAUAUAGAAAAUAAAUGA